AUGGCCACCGUGCAUGUUUGCAGACACGGCCAGGACGAAGACAAUUUAGAAGGUCUUUUGAAUGGACGACGCGACCGCCCGCUGACGCAGCUCGGGCGGGAACAGGCGACUGCGUUGGCGCAGAGAAUAAAGGAGGGGGGAAAGUCGUAUAACGCCAUCUUGGCAUCACCACUGCAACGGGCGAAUGAGACCGCCCGCAUCAUUGGUGGGGUUCUUUCGGUUAAGGUGGAAACGGACAAUGAACUAGUGGAGCGGGACUUUGGUGUGCUGACGGGAAAACCCAUUGAUCAGAUCAGAGCGUACGCAGGGGAGAGUGUCUUGCAAGGGGAUAAGGUCUUGUAUUUUCUCUCCGUCGAGGGAGCGGAAACGUUUGAAGAAUGCUAUAGCCGUGCCGCUAGUGUGCUACGGCGCGUGGAUGCCGCAUUUACUGGGAAGCGCGUGCUGCUUGUGUGUCAUGGGGACAUUGGCAAGAUGCUGCAGGCGGUAAGGAGAAACAUAACAUGGCGUGAGGGGCUUAUGUUGCCUUAUUUUGCCAAUACUGAUGUUCUGGAGACGUAA